AUGUUAAGUAGGCGAUUUUUAUCAAAAUUACUGUCACCCAAUGGAGCGAAAAACUUCAAACGUAGUUUGGCCAUCGGUAGCAAAAUUCCAGAAUUAACUAAAGAUCGUUACCCAGUACGCAGAGGAGAAUUUGCCAUUUUAAACAAAGAGCAUUUGCAAUUUUUCACCGAUCUUCUCGGUACGCAACGAGUCGUUACCGAUCCGGCAGAAUGUGAAAGUUACAACAUCGAUUGGAUCAGAUCUGUCAGAGGUUACAGUACCUGUAUCCUGAAACCAAAAACCACCGAAGAAGUAUCGAAGAUUCUGUCGUUUUGCAACGACCAUCGGAUAGCGGUGUGUCCGCAAGGAGGCAAUACGGGCCUGGUAGGAGGCUCGGUACCGGUUUUCGACGAAGUCGUCCUCAAUACGGCCCUGAUGAAUCAAAUUUACGAUAUCAACGAUACUUCAGGUGUCCUCAUCUGUCAAGCCGGCUGCGUCCUAGAAAACCUGGACACCGCCCUAGCAGAACGCGGUCUCAUGAUGCCCUUGGACCUCGGAGCCAAAGGCUCCUGUCAUUUAGGAGGCAACGUUUCGACUAACGCCGGAGGCCUGAGACUCCUCAGGUACGGAAAUUUGCACGGGAGCGUUCUAGGAUUAGAAGCAGUGAAAGCCGAUGGUCAAAUUGUAGAUCUUCUGAGCACCCUCAAAAAAGACAAUACAGGUUUCCAUCUGAAACAUCUCUUCAUAGGCUCAGAAGGUGCUCUUGGAAUCGUCACCAAAAUCGCAAUCCAAUGCCCCGCUAAACCCAAAGCAGUAAAUCUAGCCUUCUUAGGCCUUAACUCCUUCGAAAACAUCCUCAAAGUACUCACACAAGCCAAAAGAGACUUAGGGGAGGUUCUAGCUUCUUGCGAAAUGAUUGACGAAAGCACCCUUGAAGUUUGUACAGACAAUUUGAAGCUGAAAUCCCCAAUUUCGAAUUUUCCUUUUUACAUGCUGAUUGAAACUCACGGCAGCAAUAAUGAGCAUGACCAGGAAAAGUUGAAUGGAUUUUUGGAGGAUGUUAUGGGGAAUGGGUUGGUGCUAGAUGGCACUGUUACCAACGAACCCAGCAAAAUGAAGAACAUUUGGGAUCUAAGAGAAAGAAUCACCGAAGGCUUCAUCCAAGACGGCUACGUCUUCAAAUACGACGUCUCCCUACCAAUAGAAAACUUCUACUCUCUAGUACCAGAAAUGCGACAAAGAUUGGCCAACGAUGAAGAAGUAGUCCGGAUAUCCGGCUACGGACACUUGGGCGACGGCAAUGUCCACUUCCAAGUAUCCUGCAGGCAAUUUUCUCAAAACAUUUUGAACAAAAUCGAGCCGUUUGUGUACGAAUUCACUUCGAAACUGCGAGGCAGUAUUAGUGCCGAGCACGGAAUCGGAUUUAGGAAGCCCAAAUAUGUACAUUAUUCGAAAAGUGCUGAGAGUAUUGUCAUAAUGAAACAGCUGAAGGAGAUGUUUGAUCCUAAUGGGAUAUUGAAUCCUUAUAAAGUGAUACCGAAUUGA